AUGGGGCCGUUGUGGGUUUUCUUCGGUGCAUUCGUAAUGGCAGCCACCGCAGUUCAUGUCGCCGGUCAGCAAGAAGGUUUCUUGAGCAUCGAUUGCGGCCUGGAUGCCAAAUUCAGCGGCCGCAGGGACACGUACACAGAUAUCGCUUACGUCUCCGACGGUCCGUACGUCGACGGCGGGGAGAACCACAGGGUAGCCGCCGAGCUCGAUACUACUGACACAAACGAGGACCUCCGCACGCUCAGGAGUUUCCCGUCCGGCCUACGAAACUGUUACACGCUCCCAACCAAGAGCGGCGCCAAGUACCUUGUCCGGAUGUUGUUCUUCCACGGGAACUACGACGGCAAGACGGUCGAUUUCGACCUACACCUUGGCACCAACUACUGGGAUACGAUGUCGGUCGGAAACACGACCGACGACCGCUACUCGUGGUCCGAGGCGAUCUUCGUCGCCUGGGCGAGCUGGGUGCCGGUGUGCCUGGUGAACACCGGCAGUGGUACGCCGUUCGUCAGCACGGUGGAGCUGAGGCCGCUCAGUGCCUCGCUUUACCCGGACGUCACCAUCGAUGAGUCCAUGUCCACGUAUCAAAGGAUAAACACAGGGGGAAACUUUACUCGGUUUCCUGAGGAUCCUUACGACCGCUACUGGAGUUCGAGAACCAGGUUGUCAUGGGCAAAGCUUUCCACCAAAGACACCAUCGAGCAGGACAACGUCUUCGCGGUGCCCAGUCUGGUUCUUCAGACAGCCGUAGCUCCUAUCAACAAUGCCACGGUGCUAUAUGUCAAUACAUGGAUAUCAUACAAAACAUCAUUGGAGUUUAAGUUCAUCUUCCAUUUCGCCGACAUCCAAAACACCCAACGUCGGCGAUUCAACAUAUACAUGAACAACGAGGACUGGUACACGAAUUACAGCCCCCCAUACCUGGUAGCUGAUCAUGUGCGUAGUUCUAAAUGGUAUAAGACUACGGGCGGCGAGUACAAUUUCACUCUUGCAGCCACCAAUACAUCCAUGAUGCCUCCGAUGAUCAAUGCAUAUGAGGGAUACACACACAUCCCCCACGACACUCCGAGGACAUUCUUCAAAGACUUUGAAGCAAUGAUGGCUAUCAAACAAGAGUAUGGAGUAAAGAAAAAUUGGAUGGGUGAUCCAUGUUUUCCAGCAAAAUAUCGGUGGAAUGGCGUUAAGUGUAGCGAUGUAACUGAUAACACGACGAGGAUAAUAUCUCUAGACUUGUCCAAUAAUAACAUGAGUGGGUUGGUAUCUGAUAACUUCACACUUCUCACAGAACUCCAAUUUCUAGAUUUAUCUGGCAACACUCUGAAUGGACCAAUUCCAUAUUCCCUUUGUAAAGUGAAUGCAGGAUCGCUCGUUUUAAGGUACGAGUCUGGUGAAGAUAUGUGCAACAAAACAAUAAGUUCGACUCCAUCAAAAAAUAGAACAGUUAUAAUAAGUAUUUCAAUAGUGGUUCCCUUGCUGGUAGUGGUUGUACUUGUUCUUUCAUAUUUUAUCUGGAGAGGGAAGAGAAAGCCUAAAUUUUCCGUACAGGAUGCUCCUAGAGAGCAAGAACUUGAGAGUGCCCUUGGAAGUACAAAAAUUCAGGGUGAUCACCUGCAAAAUACCGAGAAUCGACGAUUCACAUACAGGGAGCUCGAGAAGUUUACAAAUAAAUUCCAACGGUCCAUUGGUAAAGGAGGUUUUGGGCUCGUAUACUACGGCCGCUUAGAAGACAAUACUGAAGUUGCUGUCAAGAUUCGUUCUGAAUCAUCGUCGCAUGGUCUUGACGAGUUCUUAGCAGAGGUCAAUAGCUUGACAAAGGUGCAUCACAGGAAUCUAGUUUCUUUGGUUGGUUACUGCUGCGAGAAGGAACAUUUGGCACUUGUUUAUGAGUACAUGUCCGAGGGCAAUCUUUGUGAUCAUCUGAGAGGGAAAAAUGGUGUUGGUGAACCCUUGAGCUGGGCGAUACGUGUACGAGUCAUGCUCGAAGCAGCACAAGGCCUGGAUUAUCUUCAUAAGGGAUGUAGCUUGCCAAUAAUCCACCGGGAUGUGAAAACCAACAACAUUCUCCUAGGUCAAAAUCUAAAGGCUAAAAUAGCUGAUUUUGGACUAUGCAAGACCUAUCUUAGCGACAUGCAGACCCACAUAUCAACUAAUGCGGCUGGGACAGCAGGAUACAUGGACCCCGAGUACUAUCACACUGGCUGGCUCACUGAGAGCAGCGAUGUGUAUAGCUUCGGGGUUGUUCUACUUGAGGUAGCAACCGGUGAGCCUCCAGUAUUGGCGGGCCAUGGCCACAUCGUUCAGCGUGUGAAGCAAAAGAUUGCCACUGGCAACAUCACCACCGUGGCUGAUGCCCAUCUUGGAGGUGAAUAUGAUGUCAACUCCAUGUGGAAACUGGUCGACACCGCCAUGGCGUGCACAGCGGAUGCUGCUGUCCGAAGGCCAACAAUGGCCACCGUUGUGGCGCAGCUGAAAGAGAGCCUUGCGUUGGAGGAAGGUCGUGAGGACAGUAGUGCCAGGGGAAGCAUCACCAGUACAACUGCUGCUCCGAUGUCGGCGUUCGGUCCAUCGGCAAGAUGA